CUCGGGCAGCGCGGAGCGGCGAAUUUUCCAGCGCCAUGGCGAGUGAAAACACACCACUCCGGCAGGCGCAGAAAGGAAGGGUCUAUAUCGAGGGCGAGGUCUACAAGAAGGAUGGCCAAGAGAUCGUUUUAAUGGGUGGGAACUACGUGUUCAAAGCCGCACCGUACUACCCACCACUGGAUGUUGUGCGGCAGAAUGCCAAGGCAAUGGUAGAAGGCGCCCAGAAGAUGGCCUACAAGCCUCCGCCGGCGGCGGAUGGCUCGCCGCGGCCGGUGCUGCCCUGCGUGCGGCUGGGCGCCAUGAUGGAAGGCGCCUACCCCUCCAGGCCCAUGGGAAGCCCUGUGGUGGACGCGAACUUUGCGGCGAAGCUGGAGGCGACGGUGAAGGUCUUUCAAGAAGAGGGAGUGCACGUCUUCCUGGAUAUGCACCAAGACGCUUUUAGCACCACCAAUGGUGGCGAGGGAAUCCCUUACUGGGUGGCAGCAGAUUUCCAGGAAAGGGCUGGCUGCUGCUUGGAGCAAUGCUGUUGCUGCAGCUGUUGCAGUUGGAAUAGCUGCUCAAAGCUGCCGGAAUCUUGCAAGACUUCGUAUGUCACCAACCCAGAUCAUCCACUGCAAGUCUUCUGCGGAUGUCCCAAUUUCUUGGCCAAGUGUUUGGGCUGGAACAUCACCACCUAUGACAAGGACUCGGAUCCCUGGAAGGCAUACUCCGUGGGUUCCAACGCAGGUGCUCCGAACUUGAUGAAUGCUGGAAAUGCCAGCGUCCGCACCAACAACGCGGACGGCCGCUGGAGUGCGUUGAUUACCUCGGCUCAGCUCCAGAAUUCGAUGCCCAGGAUCUACAACUCAGCUCGAAAUCAGCUUGACAAGGAGCUGUUUUUCGACCCCUUCGUGGCCUACGCAAAGUAUUUGUGUGGAGUCUGGGACAGGCACGAGAACGUCAUUGCAGUUGAGCUGAUGAACGAGCCACCACUGGGUGGGCUGCCGAACUGCUGUGUUUGCAUGAGCAUUUGGAGGAGCAUCCUAUCCUUUGAGGGCGAUGUUCUGGCCGCACUGGCCAAAGAUCCUUCCAUCAAAGCACCAAUCGCCAUUGGCAACUGGAGCAAUGCCGUGGAAAGUGAGUCGUGCUUCGUGAGCUGCUUGCAGUGUGCAGGUACUCCCAAGGAUGCCAUGGAACAAUUUCAGUCCUAUGCUCAGCAAAAUCGUUUGAUCUUGUCCUUCCAUUGGUACGUGCCUCCAGCCACUUCCAGCUUCGCUGGGACCAUCCAGCUCGCCAAGAAGAAUGCGCAGAAAUUGGGUGGAAUUCCCAUUUUCUUCAGCGAAUACUGGAUGCCCAACGUCAACUGGUUCGCGGGUGGCCUAGCCGUGGCAUGCAAUGAGGGCUGUAAUGCGACGACCUACUGGCAGUAUGCCGAUACCACCUAUACUGGACAACCCGGCUGGUACAAGUAUCCGGAAGAGGUUCUCAAAGCAGGUGAUGGCUCUCCGGUCUCUGCCGCCGGCGCCAUCAACACGCCCUCCUGGGAUGUCUACGCCACGACAGUGGCACGAGGUGAGCUAUGGGGUGCGGCCAUCACUGGUGCCCGUGGCGCCGUGAUGAACGUCCUGGAAGACGUGCCUGCGAAGCCUGACUUGGCAGAAGAGCUAUUGCUGGAAUGGACUUGCUGCACCACUCCCUUGAACAAGCCUGGAAUGUUUGGCGUGAACUAGCUGACUGGAGGACGUCAGACUCGGUUGUUGAGCAGUUUGGAAGGCCGUCAUUGG